AUGAGUGAGAAGUCGCAGGCUUCAGCAUCAUCAGCUCAAGAUGGUAGCACCGUCGAUCAACAACAACAAAAUAACACAAAUACAACAACUAAUCUGUGCAAACCUAUUGGAUUUACGGAUGACGGAAAACCUAUCUAUGAUAGAACUGGUAUUGACAUCUUGCCAAAGAAGCCACACACUUCAGCCAAGGAUAAUCGGCUGUUGUGUGCGUUCGGAGGUAGCGUUUGUACACAAAAACCGAUGAAAGGAUUUGAUUUUUGUGUAAAACACAUUCUUCAGGAUCCGACGGCUCCUUUCAAGAAGUGUGAGUAUUCAGGUAAGAAACAAUGCGGAAACCCAGUCAAAAUCGACCAAGAAGAUGCUAGAUAUUGUGUUGCCCACAAAACAAAGCUAGGAAUUAUUGAAAAGGGACAAUCUGGAUACUCGAAAAAGAGUAAGAAACAAUCGGAGGAGGCUGCUUCUGGAGAAACCCAAACAAAGAGGGGAAGGAAAAAGGCAUCUAAAUCGGAAUCUGAUACCACAACAAGCGUAGCCUCUAAAGAGGUUGCUGUGUCGUCAUCAGGACAGACUCAAGCCAGUACUACUGAAAAACCAAUUUCCACAGUGGAACCUACAACAUCUUCAGCCCAACCUGCAUCAUCAGCUGCAUCAACAACAACACCUGUAUUUUCUUCAGCUGGCUCUGCCACUGUAGAAAACAUUUUACCAUAUCCCUAUGAAAACAUCAAUAACGAUGAAGAUACCGAUUCCGAUGAUUACACCGGAGUGAAUCGUGUUUUUGACCCCAGAAGAGAACCCAAACCUAAGAAGACAUCACCUCAUAAAAGAAAGCGAAAGUUCAACAAGAAGCAACCAUCUUCAGAUGAAUUAACCGGUUCAGAUACAGAAUCUGAUGAGCCAACCGAUGAGGAUGGAGCCACUGAAGAAUAUCCUGCUCUUUCGUUCGGAAAUAAUUCUCAACAGUUGUCAGAGAUGGAAUUUCUUCAAGUUCGAAAACAUCACAUUGAGACCUUAUUGAAAUUGUAUCAAAAAAGGCACAGAAAAGUCAGAAACGAAUUGGAAAGAAAAUAUAAUGAAUUCUUGAUUCAAAGAGAAAUUGCAGCCAAUGCAAUUCUCGAACAAAAUCCAAAUAUUAACUCGGACAUCAAAAUUCGUCUCAAAAAAGUCAAUUACAAUAAUUACUACAAUCCUAAAAACCAAGUGAACAGAAAUGAAGACAGUAUAAUAGUAGUACCAACUGUUAGCUUUCCUGCAGAAAAUCAACAAAUUUAUCAUUGUGAGAAGGUUGAAAAAUAUCAAGACGAUGAAAAGAAAGUACCACUUUGCUGUCACCCUCAAUGCUUCAAUAAGCGAUUAUUGGGAGUUGAUUUUUGUUUGCAGCACAUUCUUUAUGAUCACAAACAACGACUCUACGUCCCAUCAUCAACAGGUAAUACACCUACGUAUGCUCUUAAUAGUGAGGUUAAUAUCAAAAUUCCAAAAGAUUCAACACUUACAGAAAAGACCAUUGUAGUUUUGGAAAAUGUUGAUCGGCUAUCUGCACCCACUACUUGGCAAGUUCCUCCUGAACAAGAACAACGAAUUCAAAACUUGCUGAGAAAGUUGAAAGGCCAUUCUGCUGCAUCAAGCUCUCAACCAGUUCAAGAUACCAUCACAUCAUCAUCCAAUCAAGAACCAACUAAUACUGUAACCACUCAACAAGAGCAACCACAACAGCCAAUGGAGAUGGUUUGA